UCUCUGCUCUGCCUCUCUUUCUCUCUCUCCCACCGCGUUCCCUCACGCUCCCCCACCCCACCGCGCAACCUUUCUCUCUCCUAAAACGGAAAGAAAUUCUCCUGUCCGGUGCUCAUAAUUUCGCUGUACUUUUCUUAGAGCUCUCCUCCCCCUUCUCUCUCUUGCUGUCCUUUUUCCCUUUCUUUUUGAUAAUAUCGACGACGCUGCCAUGGUUUUUGGCCCCCAUCUUCUCUCUCCCCUCCCACCCGAACUCCAACCCCACUACCUCCUUCUCUGCAACCCGACGACGCUCUCCUCGCUGGCACCCAAAAGCGGAACACCCCCCAUAUUCCUCCCUCUCCUCCUUUCCCCUUUCUCUCUCCUCCCUCCAAACCCUAGAUCCGAUCGAUUCUCUCUCCUCCUUCGGUUCGCUUUGAUGACCCUCCUCCUCCUCCUGAUGAUGUGAUGUGAUGAUCCGUUCUCUGCUUCCUUGUCCGCUUGGUUUUUCUUGAUUUCUUCUGCUUGUUCGUUGCGAUGGGUUGUGCGGGGUCGAAGCUGGAGGAUCAGGAGGCGGUGGCUCUCUGCCGAGAGCGCACUCUGCUGCUCGCCGACGCCAUCCGCCACCGCUACGCCCUCGCCGACGCCCACGCCGCGUACUCCCGCUCUCUCCGCUCCGUUGGCGCCGCCCUCCACGCUUUCCUCCACCCUGCGCCCCCGGCCUCCCCCGUCCUCCCCCUCCCCACUCACCGCAAGGGAGACCCCCUCCCCCCUCUGCCCCCGUCCCCUCCCCCCGCUGCAAUCCCCGCCUCCGCCCCCGCCCCCGCCGGUGCUGGCGGCCACCACUCCCACACCCACUCCGCCUCCUCCCACAUCCAGUUCUCCGAUGAGGACUCCGACGAAGACGAGGAAUUCCACCUCCACUCCGUCGGAUCGUCUCCGCUCCACCUCCACCCCGACGGCGCCCCGGGCCCCACCUUCUUCAACGUUAACUACGCCCGCAACCAUCCCACCAACCCCUCUAUCUCUUUCGAGCAGCGGCCGCAGAGCCCCGAGGCCGUCCGCUUCGGCUCUUCGGAGCCACCGCCCUCCGCCUACCCUUACUAUGGUUACACCUAUCCCCCUCAAAAUCCAAGCUUUUACUCUCACCCUUACACCGACUCUUAUCCGAGCUAUGCCGGCAUGGGUGGCUUCUUCGGAUCUUCUUCCCCUCCUCCCAACAUUCCGCAGCCCCCCACCGUGGCAAGCAUGGCUUCCCCCUCCUCGUCCAAGACCCCGCCGCCUCCCCCGUCGCCUCCGAGGACCUCCACUUGGGACUUCCUCAACCCCUUCGAGACCUACAACGAUAGCUACUAUAUUCCCUAUACCCCUAGCCGGAGCUCCAAGGAGGUCAGAGAGGAGGAAGGGAUUCCCGAUCUGGAGGACGAGGAGCACGAGGUCGUCAAGGAAGCCUAUGGUGACCAAAAGUCUAUGGCUUCCACCUCUGCUGCUGCUCCAGGAAAGUACUCUGCCAAGGCUGCUGCUGUGGCAGCGAAAGAGGAUAGUUCCAGCGAUGUCGAGGAGGGUCUUCAUCGCACGUCCAAGUCAGGGGAGGGUACUAGUGAUGGUAGUUCAGUGCAUGAGGUUCAUGUGGUUGAGAAGAGCGUCGUGGCUGAUGAGAUUCAGCGAUCGGAGGAGCAGCAGAAUGUGGCUGCUGUUCCUCCUCCCCGAAGGUAUCAUGAUGUUUCUGAGGUUGUGCAGGAGAUUAAGACUCAGUUUGAUAGGGCGUCCGAGUCGGCCGACGAAGUCUCCAAAAUGCUAGAAGUGGGGAAGCUCCCAUAUCACCAGAAGCAUUCUGUUUAUAAAGUGUCCGCUGUGAUGGUUUGUGGGCUUCCGCCCUCGACUUCUAAAAAUGAGGGUUUAUUGGAAUAUGAAGAGGAUAAGGCAAUGGCCUGUGGUAAUCUUUCAUCGACGUUGCAGAAAUUGUACAUGUGGGAGCAGAAGCUCCUUGAUGAAGUCAAGGCUGAGGAAAAGAUGCGGAUACUCUAUGAUAGAAAAUGCGAACAGCUGAAACGCCUGAGCGAAAAGGGUGAGGAGGCUCACAAGCUUGAGGCAGUUCAAAUCUUGAUAAGGAAGUUAUCUACAAAGAUAAAAAUAGCGAUUCAGAUUGUUGAUUCUAUUUCAAAUAAGAUUAGUAAGCUGAGGGACGACGAAUUAUGGCCACAGAUUAGUGAGCUUAUCCAAGGGUUAAUGAGAAUGUGGAGAUUUAUGUUUGAAUGCCAUCAUAUUCAGCAUCAGGCUGUAUCGGAAGCUCAAAACCUAGAUUCGAUUGUAUCUGGUGGAAAGCUUAGUGAUGAUCACAUGGAAGCAACCAAGAAGCUAGAGCUGGAGCUGCUGGACUGGAUUGGCAAUUUCUUUGCCUGGGUUUAUGCUCAGAGGAGUUUUGUCAAAGCCUUAAAUGGUUGGCUUGUAAAAGGUCUUCAUUAUGUGCCUGAAGAAACAGAUGAUGGAGUUCCACCCUUUUCUCCUGGAAGGUUAGGUGCGCCUCCUGUAUUUGUCAUCUGUAAUUACUGGACGCAAACUAUGGAUAGGAUAUCCGAGGCAGAAGUAGUCAAUGCUAUGAAAGCUUUCUCCACAUGUGUUCUUCACCUUUGGGAGCAGCACAAGCUUGAACAACGCCAGAGACUGAUGGCAAAUAGAGAUAUGGAUAGGACAAUUAGGAUCUUGGAAAGAGAUGAACAGCAAAUGCGCAAGGCACUGGAAGCACAAAACAGGAAAUUAGUCCUAAUAUCUAAUCACAGUGGUAUAGCCUUAUCUGGAGAAGGAGUGCGUCAGGACCUAGCUGCUGAAGUAAGUAGUCUGCAGUCAAGUUUGCGAGAAAUUUUUGAAGCUAUGGAAAAUUUUACGGCUAGUACCAUGAAAGUAUAUGAGGAACUCAACUUGCGUACUGAGGAAGAGAAACAAAAGUUGGCCAGAGAAAAUGUAAAGGUUUCAUAGUUUCAUGCAAGACUUGCUAUCAAACUUCGGUCUUGUGCGUCCGGUCCAUUUCCAUGGUAAAUACACCAGCUCAUGCAAAGGAAUAUUUGAAAAGAACAUUAAUGGAUGCCAGCAAAUCUAUCAUGGAAUCCAUCAGCUGGAGCUAACUGGCCCCUUAAUCUCAUAUCUGCUAAGAUGAGGAAACAUCUCUUGGAUGAUCUCUCCUAUCCAAUUCAAGGGUCUGGUCCAUGACUAAUAUGGUCAUGCACGAUGACAUGAAUCGGUCUUAUGCCAGUGCAUCAUGGUGACAUGAAAAGCAACAAAAGCAUCUCUGCAUGGGAAAUUUUAAAAUGGCACUAUCAAGCAGUUUUUUGCGUCAAAAUCACAAAUGCCAACCUGCUACAUUGGUAGAAGAGUAGGAAGAAUGAAGCAACAAGAUAAGAACAAAAGGCAAUUUUCAGGUUCUGGUAUAGGUGGUAAAAAGGAGGUGAAGGAAAUGUCGAGGAUUCUCUUUGAUUAUAUGAUGUUGUUGGCAUCUUAUUGUCAGCUAUCCCAUAUAGCAGAUACAAAUUAAAUAGUUGUGUCUUGCUGCCUCUGAUCAAUCAGCCAUUGCUUCUGCCUGUUGCUGCAUUCGGAGAAGUCUAUCUCUGGGGUGAGAAUUUGGAUUUUAUUUUUUCCUGGUUGAGCUAGAGCUAAAGAGCACAUAUCAUCCGUCCAUGUGCAUGUACAGAUUUUUGAGGAUCACUAUCAGCAUUAGGAAAUGGCUUCUGCCUGAGGUCAAUUUACCAGUCCCAGUCAUUGAUCUCAAAAUUAAGUUCUUGAACUGCUGGAUUUGGAGAAUCUAAGAAUUUCUUUCUGAACUGGGGCAGAACUGAUAUCAGCAAUCAUGAGCUUUCACAGAUAUUUGCAGGCCAAUGUCAACCUUGAAAGAUAGCCCGUAUCCAGCAUGUAGAUCAAGCUACUAUACUUUCUGUAUAGGGAAGCUUAUACUUAGGUAUGUUUGAUAAUAUGAGUUUAAAAUGUGAUCAAGUAACGAACAUGAUGAUGGAGUGCAAUGGAUGAGUUGGUAGACUUGCAGGCUUACUGAUAAACAGCGGCUGCUUAUUCUUGUUUUUUAAAAGGUGAAAUCCACAUGGUCAGGAGAGGGGCUAAACCAGUUGAAUGCUUAUUUGUCGCAGAAUGUAUCUGAAAUGCCCAGUAUGUUGAGGGGAAGGGGCAAGGAGACUGAUUUGAGGCAAAACUUAGUUGACAGCUUCCUCAAGUGAGAUGGCCUAUUUUAACGAGUGACUGUUCCUGCACCCAAUCUUGGUAUGGCAACUGCAAGAAGAAAUAAAAAUUAGGUGGACAUAUUGGUAAAUUGUUAGCUCUAGGUAACAAUGCAUUCUUUCAGAUUGUUGAAUUUGUAUAAAUCAGCCUUGUACAUUCAGUUAUCAAUUGCAUUAAUUCUCAGUCCAUGCUAGUGUAGAGUUUCUUGAUGAACCUAUCGGCUUCGUUUGCUUGAACUUUUGACCCUAACUUGUUCCAGUUUCUCUGUAAAACUGGCACUAAUUUAUGAAAGUUUUCACCCUUGUUGAUAA